GUCGUCCUAGUGCAUUACCACACUCCACCCCGGACACACUGGCUGGAGGCGGUGUGCGGCCGGCGCCGGACUAUAUUCCCUUCCUGUACGUGUAUUACCUCUAAUGAGGUGCACCAGUGUAAACACAGCCUAGCGCGCCCCCGCCAGCCUCAAGUGAAGAGCUGUAAACACGUUUCCGUUGAGUGACGACUAAAGGGGGAGAGAAAUUAACGAGUUAGGACGCUAGGUGCGCCCUCGACCACAUGUGCUGGCGCGAAGGAUAUUAUGAGUGACGUAUAGGAACGAUAAAGGACAUUUUUAAGCCAAUGUAACGUUGACUGGCCAGAUCUGAGAGCUGCGGGUACCAAUUAGCCUCCAGUCAGACCGGCCCCACUCACUGCCAGUUUAGGUACUCAUCGUUUGCCCCUCACACCAAAUGCAGUUUGAAUUCUACCAGUGAUCUCACGAGCAUUAAGCAAUUGGUUAAGUACGAUCUCUGAACUUUCUCACGGAGGGUUGCUAUUUGUGUCUGCGAGAGUUGGACGAUCUCAAAUUCCCGAGCAUUUUCAAAUAUGGCAAACUGAAUCAAAGGGGAAGAGCGUCUGCAUAGGUAGAAAACGCUUCGCUCCAGGAUCUUGGUGACACAGACCAGCCACAACACUCCCGCCCGGGCACAACACCCCCUUUUAUGCCUCGCAGCGCCACUGCACUUGUUGGGUGCCACUUCUCAUUCACAGAAGCUUAAGGUCUGGUGAGGAGUGUCUUCCGCUGCCCACCACCCCCAGCAAGUGAGGUGCAUAUCCCCCCCGGCAAGGACACCCCUCCACUGCCAGCUAGGAGGGUCUUCUUGCUGCAGCUGGCUGCGGACCGCUUCAACAGACUCCCUCAGUUGCUGGGCGUCUGACUCACCACCCGCAGACCCUCCUGUUCUUUCACACAAGACUUGUACUCUUCUCUGGGCUUCCCCUCUUUGACCCGCCACAAGCAAGCAUUUCCCCUCAUUUCCCCGAAGAGCUGCCUCAUCUCUCGCCAUCACAGACAAGACCGUUUACUCUGAACCAGAAGACGACGUGCACCCUGUGGCCACCGCCGUCUUCAAUACUUCGCGGCCCCCAUCUCCAAGGAAUUCGCUCGAGGUUCGACACCAGGAACAAAGAAGGUUGAAGCGAAAGAGGUCGUUUCGGCGCUACGAGCCGGGUGGUAACAGGUCCUUCCCUCUCCUUACUUUUUCCUUCACUACCAACACUACCUCUUCGUUCUCCUCCUCUUCCCUUCAUCAAUUCUACCUUCUCUCCAUAACCAUCAUCUCCACCUCCCCACAACUGUCAUCUCCAACUUAACCUCUUCCAUCACCAUCAUCUAAAUCCCUACAGCUUCCUCCGUCGCCAACUUUACCUCCAUCACAAAGACUUCCUUCACAAACUCUUACCUCCUGUUCCGUCACCGCCAUCUCCAACACCACCACCAUGCCUCAGCGUUCCCUUCUACGAAGCACCAUCUGUAUCAUCCUGCUGGGGAUUCUUACGGAGGAGCUGCUGCUAGUCACCUGCUUCAACCUGGAGACACAGGAGGCCCAAGUGUUCACCUAUCCGUACGCCAACACGCAAGGCCGCGAAUCCUACUUUGGGUUCUCUGUCGCACUUCAGCGGCGCACUAAUGAUGACACUUCCUGGUUGGUGGUGGGCGCCCCGCGAGCCAACUCCAGCCACUACAACCCCACGAGGUUCAAGGAGCCCGGGGUGAUCUUCAAGUGUAGCCUCGUGGACGGUGCUUGUCGUGAGCUCUUCAUUGAUCAAACAGCGAAUAAUGUAUCGCAGAACCAGCACAACGAGUUCAUGUACCAAGAUCUGAAGAAUGAAGGGUGGUUGGGCGCGUCUCUGGAUUCCCAGCCACGUUAUGAAGCUGGACGCCAGGCUACGGGGGUAUGCGCCCCGCGCUGGAGGAACCAGUACUACCCCCAGACCUACCUUAUGAACGGCGCCUGUUACUGGCUCAAUCAAGACCUCUUGGACGCUCCGGCUCACAAGAGACUCCCGCUUAUACAGUUAAGGAAGCAGACCUACCCGAUUUUUAAUCGACCACUGUUCUUCUACUCCCACGGUGAGGCUGGGAUGUCUCUGCACUUCCCUGAUGACCCGACUGAGAUGAUCGUUGGGGCUCCUGGCGUCUUUAACUGGCAGGGUACAGUGAUUCGCUUCAAGGACGUGAGUCCACCGGUCCCCGGGGAGAUUUCCAGAAGACGCCGCCGGCGGCGCCAGGCUAUUGUAACAGAGGACCACAUGUUCACCAGCCAGCUGGUGCCCAACCCAUACUUCACUGCGAAUAUUGAAGAUUUUGAUCUCAUGGGUUAUGCUGUGACCUCGGGGAGGUUCUUAAGAGAAGAUGAGAUUCUUUACGCUAGCGGAGCACCUCGCGGCGCGAGCUCCCUGGGCAAGGUUAUUGUCUUUGCUUUUCCUGAAGACGAGUCUCAGCCCUUUAAUGUGAAGGCAGAGUGGCAGGGCACACAGCUGGGAGAGAACUUUGGAGCUGCACUCACUGCUGCUGACAUUAAUGGUGAUGGACUUAGUGACCUGGUGGUGGGCUCCCCAAUGUUUUCCCAAGCAGACAUUCCAGACAUGGGUCGAAUUCAAGUCUACCUCAGUGUUCGGGGUGAUAGGCCACAUCGAUCUGAGAUUAAUUACUUUGGAUCACGCACUCAUUAUGCCAGGUUCGGUACAACACUUGCUUCACCAGGUGAUCUCAACGGUGAUGGAUACGCAGAUGUGGUGGUGGGAGCACCCUGGGAGGGAGAUGGUGCAGUGUAUGUGUACCUGGGCUCUCCCAGGGGACUGAAGCAGGCCCACUCGCAACGAAUUUCUCCAGAGGAUUUCCAACAGCCUCUCUCAGGAUUUGGUAUGGCUCUGUCUCGAGGAACUGACAUUGACAACAAUGAUUAUCCAGAUUUAGCAAUAGGCAGUUUUAUAUCUGGUCAUGUAGUAGUGCUGAAGGCUCGACCCGUUGCAGCUCUCAUUGGCUCCAUGAAGGCAACACCAUCCACGAUUACCCUUCAAGAGACGUCCCUCCAGCUCUUGGCAUGUUUAAACUAUUAUGGUCACAAAGUUCCAAGGCAUGUCUCCAUUACGGGUAAUAUAUAUCUUGACUCUGCAUUUCAAUCUCCAAGAGCCUACUUUACUGACACUAAUGCCUUUGUCCAGGAAUUUAAGGAAACUAUCGCCUUGGGCCAAGAGCAAUGUAAAACUUACGCAGUCUCGCUCAAGCCUGAUAAAGUAGAUCCACGUCAGCCCCUUGUUCUGAGGAUGGACUAUCAACUGGUCGAGACGCCAGGAAUGCCAAUAAUUACUCAGCCCGUCGCCGACCCAGGGGUGCAAUCCCACACGACAUCUCGAGUAAGCGUGGUGACAGGAUGCGAGUUGGAUGGAGACGAUACUUGUCGAGUGGAUAUGCAUAUAAAAACAAGUUUCCAGAGCUAUGGCAGUGGAAAGAAAUUGAUAAUAGGUGACGAUAACAAGCCAGUGAUGAAAGUAGAAGUCUUCAAUUUGGGGGAACCGGUAUUUCUCCCAAACGUGACCGUGAAGGUAAUUCCCCCUCUUGCACUCUUCUUGCCGUCUUCCCACGACUGUGAAUUUCCAGGAGGGAAUCGUACUUCACUUGUGUGCCGCCUUGCCAACCCUAUUACCAAGGAUGGAAAGGAUGUUGUGGAAGUGCAGCUGGAUGCGAACCAACUGACGGACAAAUCUCAAAAUGUAGUUGUGGAUGUAUUCGUGUCGGGAGAGGGGCAAGAAAUCCGUCCUCAAGAUAAUGCAUUCAGCCAGGGACUCCAGCUUGAAGCCCAUGCCAGCCUCAAGAUACAUGGCUCCUCGAAGGAAGAACAAGUUGUAUACGAGCGUCUAGGGGAAGAUAAAAUCAACAUAACCAAACCUCUAAGUUUCAUUCAUCAUUUCACUUUGGCAAAAAAAGGGCCCACACCCCUGGAGCAAGUGGACUUCGUAAUAGACAUUCCAGUUAACUUCACGGAGAACGAGAACUUCAUUAAGAUAUAUGCCCCAACUUCUAAUUUUUUGGGUCAGCCAGUUUUAUGCAGCAUAUCGGGCACAUUCUUUGCCGUAAACACUAUCAACAAUGGAGACAAUAGUAAUGCUAUUGAAACAUUGAAUAACUUGAGUGGAAGCAUACACAGCACCACGACUCCUGAAGAGCCUUUAUCCAGCAACGAUGAUGCAUUACAUGUGAAGAAAGCAGACGAGGAUCGUGUGGUGAAUGUGAAGGAAGCAGUAGAGGAAGUUGCAUUAGACUUGAGCUGCUCAAACAGUCACAUCAAGUGUGCUCGUCUCUACUGCCGUGCGAACACCUGGCCAGAGAAUGAUGGUUCUGCACAGUUAUCAUUCAAGUUGGAGGUUGAUCUUGCUGUUCUAGCUCGCCACAUCUCGGCAAAAGCAGGAGCCGUGUUGAAAAGUACAGCCACAGCCACCAUCCAGUCUUUGAACUCAGACUUGGCCUUUGUUGGUGUUCGAUCUGACACAAUAGAGGUACAGACCCAAAUCCAGCCUGACACCUUGCCAGGAAAGGGUGUGCCAUGGUGGGUUAUUCUCUUGGCUGUUCUUGGAGGUCUCUUGCUUCUGGGUCUUCUUGCAUAUGGACUCUACAAGGCUGGAUUCUUCCAACGUAAAGAAUACGAAGAGUUGAAAGCUCAACAGGCCCGGGUUGAAUCUAAUGAUGGCUACUCUUCAUCAAAUGCAGGACUUGUUGGAGAUUAAUGUUAUUGUUGUCAUAGGGGGGAACAUGAUCAAAAUUAUGUAUUAAAUAAUAAUGUGUUGUAUCCGUUAAUGACAAGAAACUUACUGUAUUUGCCGGUGUACAAGACAAGGAUAUUUUGUGUAAUUUGUUUGUUAGUAUGAUUCAUCAUGCAUUUUAUUAAGUGAUUCUGUAAGGGGAAUCAUAAGAUUUUAUGCAUGUAAAUGCUAUUUAUAUUCAGUUGGUUGUUGGCCAAGAAAACAUUUUCUCAAGAGUACUGUAGCUGAAUCUUCCUUGUUAGUGAAAUCUCUCCUGGGGAUGAAAUAUAAUUUCAUUACAUAUUACUGUUCCAUUGCCUUGACACCAGAGUUGUACAGCAAUAAUUAUUGAAGCUUUAACUUCUUUGCUGUUAUAUUAAUGUCAAAAUUUACAACCCAAUCUGCUGAUGUGCACAUCAAAUGCGUAGAAAACAACUCUUCCCUGUUUAUAUAUUUGUAAGAUUUGCACUACAUAUAUACAGUAUUGAGGCAUUCUGUGAUAUUCAAGUUCUGCAUGUCUUCGAUACCACAUUAAAACUUCACGAAUUCCCUUAUCCAAAGUCAUUCAUGCAUAUUAGUUACAAUAUGUUUAGAUUUGCCCAGUGUGACAUGCUCUUUGAGAAAUUGUCUGUUUUCCUGCAAAUAUCGAUCUGUUAUAGUUCUUUGUGGCUUUCGGUAAUAUAUUGGUCAAUACAAUAAUGAAAAUUUGUGGUGGCAUUGGUGAUGCAGAGAUACCUUAUACUGGUGAUGCGGGGAUGUCUGGUACUGGUGAUCCGGGGGCUGAUGACUACCAAAACAUUUGUAGUAAACAAUUUGGUGCUGCAAAGAAAAGUGGGAAAAACAUGGUAAUGUUGAGCUCUUAAAAAAAGAUUCUUAAUUUUGAGGAGCAAAUAAUAUAUUUGAAGUUAUAAACCAAUAUGAAAAUUCCACAGGUUGCAUUUACAUGUCCUAUACUAAUAUACUAAAUAUGUGAAUGAUUUUUUUUUCUAUACAUGUUGGUACUGUACAAGCACAUUUUGUAAACUAUCAUGUUUGUCAGGCUGUAAUAUGAAUGAUCUGAAAAUCUCUUCGGCCUUGUGAUAUGUUACUACAUUCACAGCACAAUGGUUGAAGUGUGCUCACCAUUUAUUUAGCAUAGUAUACAUUUUUCAAUGUAUAAAUUAUUAUAGUUAAAGGACGAGGAGUUCCUAAAUUAAGUGAAACAGGAAGAAUGACUCGUCUCACAUUAUCCCCCCUUCCUCUUGCUCCUCGGUGUGUUGUCCACCUCCUUCCCUUCACCCUUAUUAUAUGAUUAUUAUAUACACCCCUUCUGCUUAUUAUAUGCCUGCCAUCUCCUUUCCUUGGUACAUUAUAUGCCUCCACCCUCAGAAUGUACCUACCACCUUGUCUUCAAUGUGCCUCCCUUUCCCCCAUCUCCUCGUUGUAUGAUCUCUGUAUAUGUUCCCUAGCCCCCCUUCCCCUUCUGUAUAUAUUGCCCCCUUUCCUUGGU